GAGAAACCUGUCUGCCGGCUGUUCUCCGCUGCUCAGCUAAAAUGAAGUCUAACAGACAACCUUCAUCACGUCCUGCAAAGUCAACCAUCGCUCUAUUCGGAAAAAAGGUUCCACUAAAGAACAGCAUAGGAAAGACGAUCCUCACCAACAGGCCUAAUGCUUUUGCCACAACAUCAAACAGCUUUGUCAUGGAAACAAAUGACUCAUUCAAAAUCAUCAACGUCCCUGACUUCUUUGAUGAAGAAUGUCAGCACCCGGACCAGCUGAUCAUUGACUUCAUGGCACUUUCUCAUCCUGGCCCUGAUCUGUUCAUACUGGCAAUAGACUCAGAAAACACCAAAGAGGAUAAAGUCGUGGCUCAGAUCAAAAACCUUAAAGCUACCUUUGGAGACAAUAUCACAGCAAACUUGGUCAUUAUGUUACCAGAUGCCAAAAGUUUAAAUUCACUUCAUCAGCUGGAGCAAAAGUUCAACACCCAGCUGGCAGUCGCCAGUGAAAAUCUGGCCAGUGAAUGUAAGAAGUGGUGUUCGGAUCGUAAGUCAUUCCAGUAUAACUACGAAAACUACAGUGAAGAUGUUGUGUUGAGAAGAAUGACAGCGUUAGAGAACAUAAGUUUUGAUGGCCAUCCUGUGUAUCACCCUGGGACAGCAGGUGACAGUGCCUGUGAAGACUCGGACAACAUAUUCAACAUUGUUCUGUUGGGACUGACCGGGACCGGAAAGAGUGCAUCCGCAAACACCAUCCUGGCUGCUGGCCAAACCAGGGGGGAUCCAAUACAGCUAUUCAAAUCUGUGCCAAGCCCCAUGAUGGUUACGACCCAGUGUGAGGUCAGAAUAGUGGAGAAACCAUUCGAGAGGAAGGUGAGACUGGUCGACACUCCAGACUUCUUUCACGACCAGCUCAGAAACCCCCAGGCACAGGUAGACGAGUGUAAGAAGUACUGUAAGCCAGGGCAAUGCGUGAUGUUACUCGUGUUACAGCUGGGCCGCUUCACGCAUCUUGAGAGAGGAAUAUUAGAAAAGCUGGAGAAGAAGCUCGGCUGGGAGAUCAGGGAGAGCACUAUCGUCCUGCUGACGCACGGAGACGACCUGAAAGGAAGUCUGGAGAAGUUCAUUAACGCACAUGAUCGCCUCAAGAGUGUUGCUGAACUGUGCGGUGAUCGUUAUCAUCUAUUUAACAACAACUCCAAGAACACAAAGCAGGUCACAGAGCUCAUCAAGAAGAUUCCAGAUUACAAAGAUCUUUUCCCGAAGUUUGCAAAAAAACAAAGCAGAAGCUGCUGUAUAUUAUAGCUCGAUCAGUGUGAACCACAAAGUGCUUCAAAAGAGUCUCCUCAGAUUAGCGUAGCAUUGUAGCAUCGUCUGACUGAUGAUCAGCAGUUUAAAAAAUCAAUGCAGAACCAGAGACACUGGCUUUUUUAUUUCACCUUUUUAUUCUUUUUGUCAAACCUGAUGCCUACAUAACCCACAAUGCAUCCUGGCUGCCAAUAGUGUGACAGGGUCAUUUGUAUAAAUACGACUGACCUGUGAGCAGACACAAAUGUGAAAAAUGUGAAAACUAUUUUAACAUAAUCAUUACACUGUUUUUUUUUUAUUCAGAGUACUGUCAUUUUGUUACUUUAGUAUUUUUAUUAUUAAGUAUUUUUUGCAUUACAUAUACCAAUCAUUGGGGUAAGACUAGCUGCAUUUCAACCAAAAACGUUUUAGUAAUGUACAUAACCCAUAUGGACUUUUACCUAGACCCUAAAUUGGUUUAGCAUUUCCUCUGCAGACAGUACUCUUACAUAUGGGCGAGGUUGUUAUUUCUUCUUCACUGGUGACACAAAGGAAUGUCUGCACUAGAGCUGCCCCCCCCACUAAGACUUUUCCUAGUUCACCAACAGUCCUCAUCAGGGUCCAUCAGUGGACUAGUCUCCUGCAUGUUUCUGAUAUGAAUGUAAU